CGAAAUUUUUUCACGUGUUUAUGUUGUUUAGUAAUUUAAAAUUAAUAAAUUCGCAGGUUACGGAGAAAUUAGGAUAUCUAUUAUUUUGCUAAUAAUUUGUCGGUUAGUUUCGUGAUUGUUAUAUAAGUUUUUGGUAAAUGCGAUCUCAAUUAGUAGCUUUCAACCAAACUACUAAUUCACUAAAAUAAAAUAAACCAAUCUGAAUCACUGACUAACUAAUUACUGACUUAUGUAGAAAAAAUAACUAUGGGCAAAAGAAAAUUGGACCCCACGCCAACAGACGAACCAGAAAACAAGAAAAUAGCAAAAAAGUCGAAAUGGACUAAUAAAACUAGAGUCUUGGUGUUUUCGUCUCGUGGCGUCUCGUUCACGCAGCGGCAUUUGAUGAUGGAUUUGAGAAGCAUGAUGCCCCAUUCUAAGAAAGAAUCGAAAAGGGAGAAAAAGGACAGUCUGUUUGCCAUCAAUGAGAUAUGUGAGAUGCGCAAUUGUAACAAGUGCCUCUACUUUGAGAAUAGAAAAAAGUCAUCUCUUUAUAUGUGGAUGUCCUGUGUUCCUGCAGGUCCUUCUGCUAAAUUCCUCGUUGAAAACAUACAUACAAUGUUGGGACUGAAGUUGACAGGGAACUGCUUGAAAGGCUCGAGGCCUUUGCUGUCAUUUGAUAAGACAUUUGAGACGGCUCCACAUUGGAAACUCUUGAAAGAGAUGUUCACGCAGAUUUUGAGUGUUCCUUAUCAUCACCCCAAGAGCAAACCGUUCGUCGACCAUGUUCUCACCUUCACCAUUGCAAACAAUCUCAUUCAUUGUAGGAACUAUCAGAUAGCAGAGGAGAAUGCCGAGCUCGUUGAGAUUGGCCCGAGAAUGUCCUUGAACUUGAUCAAGAUUUUUAGCGGUAGUUUUUCAGGGGAGAUUUUGUACAACAACCCCAAGUUCACAAGCCCCAACACUAUAAGAAAUAUGUUGAAGCUACAGCAGGGUACUAAGUAUCUUGGCAAGUUGGCCUCUAGGCAGGCUAGGGAAGUGCGGAGACCCGAUUAUUCCCUACUGCGAAACCCCAUUGAUGACGUUUUUGGGGUUUGGCUUCAGAUGUUCUAA